AUGUCCUGCUUCUCCAUCACGAACUUCGUCUCUUCUCUUCCUCUUCUCUUCCUCUUCUCUUCCUCUUCUUUUCCCUCCCAGCCCACCCCAGCUCCAACCAGAUACCUACCGGUCUACCGUUCAUCUGUCUCUCCGUCUCUGCAGCAUACCAUCAGCCAUACAGGCCAGCAAGAAUACCCAGCGAGAAUGGGCCCCCAGACCCUCGGCCUCUUUUUGAUUGUCCUUUUUGUUGCUACCCGAACCUCCCGUGUAAUGUCAGCACCCGCAUUGACUGCCCGAGAUUCCCCCACUGCAGGCGGGGCCGCGACAGGUGAGACUAAUGGGCAGAUCGCCGCAAGGUGGAUGGUCUAUUUCUCUCCACUUGUUGGUCUUAUAAUUUCGGUGCUAUCGGUGACGGUAGUACCGAAGCUUGUAUUGUGGUUCAAGAACCUCGGGAAGACGGGAGAUGAGAUUAUCAAAUCUCAGGAAGAACAGAUUGAGACAAUCAGGCGGGACGUCAGUGCUUUGAAGUCCGUUGUUGAUAACAUCAAGUCUCACGUUGAGCCAAACCAGCAGAACUAUAACGAUCUGAAGACAAGUGUAGAUGAAAUAAAGACUAGCAUUAACAGUCAUCUCAAGGCUGUUGAGGCGCGUCUUUCUUCCAUUAACACACGCCUUGCCAUUCUUGGUAGAAAGUGUGAGGCCCUCAAGGCCGGACAGGAUACAAUCCGGUCCACCCUUGAUAAUCUCAUGCAGAAAGUCAAGGAUGGAGAGCCGUUUCGGGGUACAACCUCGGACUCGCUCCAGAAAGUUAUAGAGAAGCAGGACGGUUUCAAAAAGGGGCUUGAUGCCUUCAAUGACAGUCAGAAAAGAACUCUCGAAACGCUUGACCGGCUCAUUGAGUUCAUUCCUGCUUUGGUUGGGCAACCGGCUAACCCGCAAGUCGCUGGACAAGGUCCCGACUAG